AUGAGUUGGUUGGAUAUCCACAAGAAUGAAAGACUGUAUGUGAAUGCUUAUAAACAAAGCAAGCUCGUGAAAAUUACCCCUCCACAAGGUUAUACUGAUAAUGCGUACCAAGAUAUAGAUGAAGGACGAAUUUCCUCCAACUGUGGCAGGGUGAGAAAUAAAGGAAAGAUACUGAACUUUGAUUUGAAAGAUAUGAAAAAAAAGAAACUGUGGGAACUAUCAACAUCACCUGCAAAAUCUAUAAUUAUGAAUAUUGGUAUGUCAUAUAUGUCCCCUAAUGAAAUUCAAGUCAUACCAAUAACAAUGUUGUGCAUGCUUUUCAUUAAUACGUUCAAAGAAUUAUUCCAGGUUAACGAAAAAUUUGAACAGCUUGAUAAAAGUAUGGAGGGCGAUGUAGAUAGCUACGAUGUUAAUCUUAUGAAACUUGUAUAUAUUCUCUCUUGCUGCGGGAAUUUGGCGGUUGGAAUUUGGAAGCUAAACUCAAUGGGGUUGAUACCUACAAAAACGAGUGAUUGGUUGGCAUUCGAAAAGAAGUUAUCGAGUAAGGAGUCAUUCGUAUAA